GCAUAGUAUUAUAGGGCAAAUUUUAUGAAAAGAUAAAUAUCUCUUCUGUCGUCGUCAUCAGCAUCAUCGGCGCAACUGAUUGCCUUCUCCUUCUCUCUCCUCUACUUUCUAUUCUUCCACCAGUCUCUCACUCUCUGUUGGUCUAGUUAGGUUCUUCAAUCGAAAAGACGAGAGACCCUAUCGAGAAUCGUAUAUUCCGAAUCAACCGACCUCAGACCGGGCUUCCUUCGUAAUUUAUGCACUCUAGGGUUUCGAUCCCUGAUCUGGUCUCUUGUUUUUGGAUUAAAUUUGCUUUAUUUAUAGAGUGAGAGAGAAAUAUAUAUAUAUGUUUGGUGGAGGCGUUGUAUCAUUAUUAUCAUCCAAUUAAACUAUUUAGGGUUUUGAUUUGUAUAGUCUCUCUCGAAUUAAUGAACAGUUUUGCGUAUUAGUAGAGGAUUAGUGAAACUUUUAUUAAUUUUUAUUUAUUGCUAUAUCGCUGUUGCGCUGAUAUAAUUGAAGCUCGAUUGUCUUUGAUUUUGAAACAGAAAAGGAGAAAAUUGCAAGAUAUAUUAUUAUUGUCAUAUGCGUUUUUAAGUUUUGAUAAAAUAUUCACACAGAAACGCAAACAAAAGAAAAGAAAAUUUAAAAAAAAAGGAAAGAAGAAAGAUUAAAAGGAAAGAAAAGGAAUUUAUGGGUAGCCCUGGAUCGAGCAACUCUGCCACUGCACAGCGACUUGGCUUGUCGGAUCCAAUAUUUACCGGAGGGCCUACAGAGUUCGACGUGAUUAAGACCCGCGAGUUGGAAAAGUUUCUUGCAGAUGUGGGAUUAUAUGAAAGUCAGGAAGAAGCUAUUAAAAGGGAGGAAGUGUUGGGGAGAUUAGACCAGAUAGUGAAGAUAUGGGUGAAGAACAUUUCCCGUGCUAAAGGUUUCAAUGAGCAACUAGUCCAAGAAGCUAAUGCAAAGAUCUUCACAUUUGGUUCCUAUCGGCUGGGUGUACACGGCCCUGGUGCGGAUAUAGACACACUAUGUGUUGGACCAAGACAUGCCACUCGAGAUGAAGAUUUCUUUGGUAAAUUAUACAAAAUGCUGGCAGAGAUGCCUGAAAUUCAAGAAUUACAUCCAGUCCCUGAUGCUCAUGUUCCAGUAUUGAAGUUCAAAUUCAGUGGUGUGUCAAUAGAUCUUCUUUAUGCAAAUGUAGCACUUUGGGCUAUUCCUGAAGACUUGGAUGUUUCACAAGAUUCAAUACUACAGAAUGUAGAUGAACAGACAGUUCGUAGCCUCAAUGGAUGCAGAGUUACAGACCAAAUUUUGCGUUUGGUGCCAAAUAUUCAGGUUGUAUUUAAUAUAUUUGUGCACAAAUUUGCCUUUUUCUUACUUUAUUUUUAUAUAUGCAUUGCUGAUUAUGUUUAUUGUUUGUCUUGUCAGAACUUUCGUACUACGCUGAGAUGUAUGAGAUUCUGGGCAAAGAGACGUGGGGUUUAUUCAAAUGUUACGGGGUUUCUUGGUGGUAUUAAUUGGGCAUUACUCGUUGCUCGUAUAUGCCAGCUUUACCCAAAUGCACUGCCUAGCAUGUUGGUGUCAAGGUUCUUCAGGGUCUAUAAUCUGUGGAGGUGGCCAAACCCUGUCAUGCUAUGUCCUAUUCAGGAAGGUUCUCUGGGACUUUCUGUUUGGGAUCCUAGAAAAAAUUUUCGGGACAGACAGCAUCUGAUGCCGAUCAUAACGCCUGCAUAUCCUUGCAUGAACUCUAGUUACAACGUGUCAACAAGUACAUUGCGUGUUAUGAUGGAUGAGUUUCAGAGAGGCAAUGAAAUUUGUGAGUCGAUGGUGAAGAACGAGGCUGGAUGGAUGACCCUGUUUGAGCCUUUCCCAUUUUUUGAAGCAUACGGAAAUUAUUUGCAGAUAGAUAUAGCAGCUGAGAAUGAUGAUAACUUGAGGAAAUGGAAAGGCUGGAUUGAGUCUCGGAUUCGCCAGCUUACUUUGAAGAUUGAGAGGGACACAAAUAGCAUGCUUCAGUGCCACCCACACCCUGGUGAAUUUUCUGAUAAAUCCAGACCGUUUCAUUAUUGUUAUUUCAUGGGUCUGCGGCGGAAGGCAGGCACUAAUGCUCAGGAAGGUGAACAAUUCGAUAUAAGGUUGACUGUGAAGGAAUUUAAGGACUCUGUGUUCAGGUACCACUCCUGGAGUGCCGGAACGUUGAUCGAUGUAUGCCACGUAAGACGUAAGAACAUUCCUCUUUUUGUAUUUCCGGGUGGGAUUCGGCCACCCCAACCUACAAAAGUAGCUGGAGAAACUCUUUCUACUGCAAAAAGAAAGCGUAGCUCUGGUUCUCCAGAUGCUGCAAUGAAUGGAAAGAAGAUAAAAUUGGAUGAAGUUGAUUCGGGGACUAACUCAAGGGGACCCCAAUGUCAUGCAGUAGAGACUGAUCAUGCAGGUUUGCCUGUUGAAGCAAGCGCAAACGAACAAUUUGAAGCUGAUGUAGAGAGCAUCUCAAAUAAUGCAAGAUGUCCCAAGAAUAUCUUGUGCCGUGAUCAGGAAGUUGAAGGAUCUGUUAGAUGCAGCCCACCUGCUGGGCCUUCAUCUUUUUCGAGUGUUUCAUUAAGCGCAGGGGAGGAGAAGCAGCUUAACACGGAGCAACCCAGUGGACCAUUUGUGAGCUGUCACCAUAGUCCUUUGAAAGAACUUGAUGAUCUUGAAAAUGAUGCAGGAUUGACUAAUCAAGUUCAUGAUUUUGGUGGGACCAUGAAAGUUGGCCCUGUGCAGCCUUUGACAGCCAAAGAAGAAGGCGGCGUUGCAGAAGCAGGGAAAGGGGUUGGUUCUUCCUUGAAGUUCUUGCAGAAUGGAGGCUUGGAGGAGCUUGAGCCUAUCGAGCUCACUGCACCUAUCUCCAAUGUAGCAUCCACUUCUACAUCGGUGGCCCCUAUGAAGCCACGUAUCAGGUUGAACUUCACUUCAUUGACGAAAGCAACUGGGCAAUAGCGUAUGAUAUAAUGUGGCUUAAAUUGGGCAGGGCUGGAAUAAAGCUCCUUAAUCAUCCUACGUGGCGGAAUGAGGAUCCUUCCCAGACUCGGCAGGUAUAAUCGCACAUUUUGUAUGAAUGAGGAUCAUUCAUACAAGGUAUAUAUGCAUGUAUGCCUUUAUCAUCAGAAUAGGGAUGUUUCUUGAUCAAGUGAUGGAAUGAGGAUCCUUCUGAGUUUACCAGUCAUGAUCAUUGAACUGGAAUCUUCUUAAUCACCUACACCAACCUCCUCUUUAACCAUGUAACCCUAUGCAAAGAAACCGAGUGCUAGCCAUGCACAGUUUAGUAACUUGUAUCAUUAGUUGAAGCGAUCAACUGAUACUCGAACACUUGUAUUUUUGAGUUGCUUGCAAUUAAUCAAUUCACGUCACCACGGCGAGUUCUAUAGUUUCUUCA